GAUGGGAAGUUCUAUGCCGUGAAGUUCAUGAAGAAGCACGAGAUUAUCAAGCUCAAACAGGUGGAUCACAUCAACAACGAGAAGCGUUUGAUGGCACAGAUCGCACACCCAUUCAUCGUCAACAUGAUGGGCUACACAAAGGACGAGCACUUUGUGUACAUUGUCAUGGAGUGCAUCAGCGGGGGGGAGCUCUUCACCCACCUCCGACGGGCACGCAAGUUCACGGACGAACAGAGCAAGUUCUAUGGGCUGCAGGUCGCGGCAGCAUUUGCGCACAUCCACAGCAAGAAUAUCAUCCAUCGAGACCUCAAGCCGGAGAACAUCCUGCUGAGCCCCAACGGCUACUCCAAGCUUACCGACUUCGGCUUCGCGAAGAUUGUGGAGCCAGGCACCCGCACCUACACUCUCUGCGGCACCCCGGAAUACAUCGCGCCAGAGGUUUUGCUCAACAAGGGCCACGGCAAGCCGGUCGACUGGUGGACCCUGGGAAUCCUGAUCUACGAGAUGAUCUGCGGUCAGCCACCCUUCUGUGACGAGGACCCAAUGGGCAUCUAUCAGAAGAUUUUGGCGGGCAAGGUGUACUUCCCGAAGUAUUUCGACAAGAAUGCAAAAGCAUUGGUCAAGAAGCUCCUGGUCGCUGACCUCAGCAAGCGCUAUGGCAAUCUGAAGGACGGCUCUGCCGACAUCGUGAAGCACACCUGGUUUAGUACAUACGAGCUUCCAAAGUUGGAGACGUACGAGUACCCUGCGCCCUACAAGCCGACGAUGAAG